AAAUACUCGGAAAUUGACGUUCAUUUACAUUCUAGAAAGGAGCAAACUCUGACGGAUACACCAGUUGAGUCCACACAGUGACGUCACGGUGUUCGAGAACUUGAACUCAUCGGGAAUUAAGUCAGCCUUGUGUUAUCGUCAUUGAAGCAUCUGCCAUUUUGGGACGUUGGAUAAAGAGAAAAAUCAUCGCCCACCUGCCGUUCCUGGAAAUACGAAGUUGGUGACGGAGCUGAAUAUCAGCAAACAAGGCUGCGUGGCUCACAACUGACGGCCUCAGCCUGAAGGGGAAAUCACUGUCCACAAAACAUUCACUGUAAUUGAGAUCCUGUACCAUCCAGCAAGAAGUGACAGGAGACCAAAGACUAAAGAAGACUGACGACAUAGUGGAUAAGAUCGAGGUUCUGUAACAAACUAGCUUGUAAAUUGUAAUUUUAGUGUGGAUUGCAUUAUAACAGUGCAGCGUAUUUGUUUGUUGCCUUUAUUCCCCGGUUGUACUAAAUUGAUUCCAAAUCAUGGAUGUAUCCCAAGUCCCAGAAAAGAAAGCAAACACUCUGAAAGAAGAACAUCAGCAGUCUGAAGGUGGUUGGCAUGGUCUCUCCUCAGCGCAAAAGAGAAUGGUCAUGAUGCAGCAAGCAGCCCCCGAAUCAACCGCUUAUGUUGAAACGAUUGCGGUUCGCACCACCAACCAAAUAGAACCACGUGAUGUUUUCAAGUCUCUUACCUCACUGCAUCCCAUACUAACCUCCAAAAUAGACAUGGAUGGAGAAAGACAGGAGUUUGUUGUUCCUUUGGGUAGCAAUGUGGCCUUCGACGUCAAGCCUGAAGUCUUAGAUGCUGACAAUGAUGUUGAGGAUUACAUCAAGCAGUCAACACCAGUGAUGGAUAUUUUUCACGAGCCUCUCGUUCAGUAUCGGUACUGCAUUCAGGGAGAAAACCACAUCCUUGUACUUCAUAUUCAUCAUUUGAUUGUCGACAUCGUAACAAUUAUCAACAUAUGGAAAGAUAUCCACGGUCUGAUAGAGGGCGCCUCCAACGUUAAAGGAGCUCCAGUAUCAGCUACUUCCUAUUCAUCAUUUGUAGCUUGGGAGAGCACCGAACGACAAUCAGCACGACACGGAGCUGACCAAGAUUUUUGGAAAGAGACUUUCUCAAGCAUGCCAACUCGGGCAAGUUUGGCUGUUCUUCCCUUGAGCGAGUGUGAAUGGAGUGACGCAAGUGUCUACAAGGCGAGGCAGGCCAAAAUCAUCCUCCCAAGGGAGUCGACGGAAUCGAUCAGCAAGUACUGCCAGUCGAUUGGCGUGACGCCAUUCAAGUACUAUCUGGCUUGCACCAUGCUGGUUUACCAGCGAUACAUCGGGACUGAAGACGUUACUCUUGCAGUUCCGAUUUCAACAAGACCUCAGGCGCACCAAAACACCGAUGGUCUCUUUGUAAAUACAGUUUUGUUUCGAAAAGUCCUGCGAACCGACAUGACCUUCACAGAUUACGUAAAAGAUGUUGCCAAAAGCUGGAUGGAGACGUACAGUCACUCUCAGUAUCCUCUUGAAGAGGUUGUUAAAAUCGUAAAAGAGGCGCAUGGAAUGAGUAUGUCAUCAUUCUGUUGCAUGAUGUUAGGUAGCUACACCAUGCAGACAUCUAAUGUGAUGCGUAUACCUGCAAAGCACGCCAAGAUGCCUGUAGAAUUUGACGUCAUUUUCAAGAGGGGAGAAGAGACAAUCGAAAUCGUUGUAAAUUGGGCAGAAGAAUUCAUUGAUGCAGGUGUAGCUCAGAGAUUGGCUGAAGGUGUGGUUCAUACGUUCUGUAAAGCCUAUCAACAAGCAGACGAUAUCACGCAGAGCAUUCAAGUCUUAUCUUCUGCAGAGCUGGACCUUCUUGAAUCGUUCGGUCGUCAUCCUGGGGAAAGUCAAACAAUCCCUGAACAACCAGUUCACGUGGCAUUUGAAGAGCACGCUGUCAAGAAUCCAGAGUUGAUCGCAGUUUCUUGUAGAGAUGUUUCUCUUACAUACAAGCAGCUAAAUAUCAUGGCCUCCAGCAUUGCUCAGGGUCUCCUUGAAAACACCGACCAAGUUACACUUCAAAAGAGACCGGUUGUCAUCGUCAUGCAGAAGGAUGAAUACACAGUGGCAUCGGUGCUUGGAAUCUGGAAAGUCGGUAGUCACUUCUUACCUGUUGGAGUUAGUAAUCAGAAUUCACUGAAGGGGAUCUUUGAGAGGUGUGAGCCAGCCGCCGUGCUCUAUAACACUAGACUCAAGGACUUAUCAAUCCCCACCACGAAGCAAUGUCCUGUCCUCAACGUCAAGGAUCUCACCACAUACCCUGCAGAUGAUAUGGUUCAAAGCAGAUUGGUUGGGAACACACCUGUGGACAACUUGGCAUAUGUAAUCAGGACCUCAGGAUCGACAGGAAUUCCCAAACAAUGCAGCAUUUCUCACAGGAGCCUUGGUAUUAUAGCUGCAGCCUCUACAAAGAUGUACAACUUACCUGACAUGACAGUGAACUGUCUCCAGUGGGCACCCAUCUCAUUUGGCGUCUUCAUAGCGGAUUUGGUCAGAGCCCUAGUAUCUUCUCCUGGCCGAUUGACUAUCUGUCCAGAUGAAUUCCGGUUGGAUGUCUUCCACAUACUGGAUCUCAUCCACGAGCAGAAUGUCACUUUGGCAGAGUUCACACCCCAGUUUGCUCGACAGCUUGUGGAGAAUGCCAAGCUCGAUCAGCUGGAAUCCAUCCAACUCUUAAUCCUUGGAUCUGAUGUACUCCAAGUACACGUCUACAGCAGAAUCAAGGAUCUUUUGAAUCCAAAUCAAAGAGUUCUAAAUAGUUUUGGGAUGACAGAGGCUACCUUUGACUCGUCUUUCUUUGAAGGACCAGUUGUGUCAAGGACCAGGAGUGGAAUGGUGCCGAUUGGGAAACCAUUUCCUGGAGUUCGAUUCCAUGUCUUGAAUCCCUCAACCUUACAACCAUGCCCUGUUGGUACAGUCGGUGAACUGUAUAUCAGUGGUGAUGUCUUGGCAUCUGGGGAUGCAGAGCUAGUUCACUUGGAGCAUCUCCAAUGUGUGGCACUGAAGACAGGUGAUGCAGCUUACUGGCUGCCAACUGGAGACAUGGAUCUGAUGGGUAGACUGAAUAGCAUGGUCAAACUAAGAGGGUUCAGGAUUAGCACUAAAGAGAUAGAAAACAAGAUACUGCAACUUGUUCCUGGAGUAAAGGCCGCCUGUGUUGUUCCUAUGACUAACAGUGAAGAGUCUGGCAGCACUGAUCAGUCUUUGUGUGCCUUUGUAGUGCUUGAUGAGAGUAGCCAAACUGGUGGUAUCGAGAUAGAUCGCAGAUCUGUUUGCCAAAAGCUACAAAGUGACCUCCCGAAUUACAUGCUGCCUAAUAUUGUCAGCAUCAUAGACGAAGUGCCGCUAACUCUGAACGGAAAGGUAAACUACAAAAUACUUCGGAGUAUCAAUGAUGUUGUCAAGAUGGAGACUGAGAAGGAGACCACGGAUAACACGGUGGAAACUAAAACUGCCUCAACUUUGAGAAUGUUGUUGGCUGAAGCGAUGGGCUUUCCAGACUCAAGUCGAAUUCCAAGUGAUACAACUUUCAUGGAAUUAGGCGCUCACUCUCUCGUCCUGGUACGAUUCUCGGUGCUUCUGAGACGAAAAACAAACUUUGAUGUCAAGUUAACGGAUCUAAGUGAUUAUACAUCCAUACGAUCUCUCGCUGAUUUCAUUGAACAGCAAACACGAUAA